GACGCGCCCGAUUCUGGUUGAAUGCUGUAUUGCGCUGACAACGACACGAUGGAUCCCGGAGGAGCAGAAAGCGACUGGCGGAGUCUGGCUUUCCGUCAGAAAGUGGUCGCACAGAUUGAGGAGGCCAUGAGGAAAGCAGGUGCUGCUCACAACAAGUCCAGCAAUGAUAUGGAGAACCAUGUGUUUGUUAAGGCCAAAUCAAGGGAUGAGUACCUGUCCCUAGUCGCAAGGCUGAUCAUCCACUUCAGAGACAUCCAUAAGAAAGCACAAGGAGGACCAGACCCCAUGAAUCCUCUUCAUAAUCUGACGGGAGUCGGUGCGCCUGGGGCGGGUAGCAUUGGCAUAGGGCCCCGUCCCCCGGGGGCUCCCAACCUGGGGCCAAUGCAGAUGCCCCAGCAUGUGAUGCCUGGUGUUGCUGGAAAUCCUCAGCCCAUUGCGGUUCCGGCACAAAUCCAGAUUCAACAGAUGGUUCAGCAGCAACAGCAGCAGCAACAGCAGCAGCAACAACAGCAGCAGUUCCCCCAGUUUCAGGUACAACAGCCGCAGCAACAGACAGCCCUACAGCUGCAGCGGCUGAAGCUUCAACAGCUGCAACAACAGCAACAGCAGCAGAAUCAGCAGCAGCAGAACCAACAAAGCCAACAGCUUCUCUCCUCACGACUGCAGCAUCAGCAGCAGAUUGUGCAGCAGCUCCAGCAGCAGCAGCAGGCAGCCCAAGCACAGGCUCUGCAGUUGCAGCAGCAGCAGCAGCACCAAGUGCAGCAGCAAGUGCAUCAUCUGCAUCAUCAGCAGCAGCAACAGCAGUCACUGCCUCAGAGUCAGGCCUCCCAGAUGCCUCUGCACCCGCAGCAGACCCUUGGGGGUCAGAUGCCUGGGCAGCACCUUCCCCUGGGACAGCUCAGCCAGCAGCCACAGCAGCAGGCACAGCAGCUCAAAUUUAUUCAGCGCACCACGCAGCAUGUAACUGCUCUGCAGCAGGUGGUCGCUCAGCAGCAAGUGGUCGCCCAGCACCAAGCCCAGCAGCAGGCCCAGCAGCAGGCCCAGCAGCAGGCCCAGCAGCAAGCUCAGCAGCAAGCUCAGCAGCAGGCCCAGCAGCAAGCUCAGCAGCAGGCCCAGCAGCAGGCCCAGCAGCAGGCCCAGCAGCAGGCCCAACAGCAGGCUCAGCAGCAGGCUCAGCAGCAGGCCCAACAGCAGGCUCAGCAGCAGGCCCAGCAGCAGGCCCAGCAGCAGGCUCAGCAGCAGGCCCAGCAGCAAGCCCAGCAGCAGGCCCAGCACCAAGUCCAGCACCAAGCCCAGCAGCAGGCAGCUCACCUCCCCACUGCUGUAUCUGGACAGAUAAUGAUGGGCCGCUCUGGGAUGCAAAUUCCGCCCCGCCCGCCCCGCGUCGCGCUGGCAUCUGCCGCGCCACCAGGUUCUACUAUGGGAGGACAGCAAAUGCCACAGCCGCAUCAGAUGAUGUCGUCGCCCUCCCCAGUGCAGGUACCAACACCGCAGUCGAUGCCCCCACCACCCCAGCCGCAGCCCUCGCCACAGCCGCCCACCUCCCAGCCCAACUCGGCUAGCUCUGGUCCCACUCCUUCUCCGGGGGGCUUCCAGCCCAGCCCCUCCCCACAGCCGUCUCCGAGUCCCAUCACGGUGCGCACACCUCAGAACGGUGGCGUGCUUUCCCCAGGGCCACUCAACACCCCAGGAAACCCAAGCUCAGUGAUGAGUCCUGCCAGCAGCUCCCAGACAGAGGAGCAGCAGUACCUGGAGAAGCUCAAGCAGCUGUCCAAGUACAUAGAGCCGCUGCGGCGCAUGAUCAACAAGAUUGAUAAGAACGAAGAUAGGAAGAAGGACCUGAGCAAGAUGAAGAGUUUGCUGGACAUUUUGACGGACCCCUCAAAACGGUGCCCUCUGCGAACCUUACAGAAAUGUGAAAUUGCCUUGGAGAAGCUGAAGAACGACAUGGCAGUGCCCACCCCUCCCCCACCACCCGUGCCCAGCACCAAGCAGCAGUACCUGUGCCAGCCACUGCUGGAUGCCGUCAUGGCCAACAUCCGCUCGCCUGUGUUCAACCACUCCCUGUACCGCACCUUCGCGCCAGCUAUGAUGGCCAUCCACGGCCCACCCAUCACGGGGCCAACUAUCGCCGCCCGGAAGCGGAAACACGAGGACGACGACCGCCAGACCAUCCCCAAUAUCCUGCAGGGUGAGGUGGCUCGCCUCAACUCCAAGUUCCUGGUGAACCUGGCACCGUCACACUGCAGUAACAAUGGGACCGUGCACCUCAUCUGCAAGCUGGAUGAUAAGAACCUGCCCAGCGUACCCCCACUGCAGCUGAGCGUCCCUGCAGAUUACCCCGAGCAAAGCCCCCAGCUGACGGACGAUGCCCAGCAAUACGAGGCAAACCCCUUCCUGCAGACGGUCCACAGGAACAUGACCUCCAAGCUGCUGCAGCUGCCCGACAAGCAUUCCGUCACAGCGCUCCUCAACACGUGGGCCCAGAGUGUGCGCCAGGCGUGCCUCUCCCCGGCCUAACAGCAGGGAGUAGUGCUUCAGGACCAGCCCUUCUGCACUUGCUUCUCCAGCUCACUUCCUGAUGGAAGAACACUUGUGCUACACAGAAAUACGCUUCAUUACAUGUAAUCCUUAAGAUGUACUCUGGUUUGCUGACUUUUCCUUGGUGUUUUACCUCAUUUGUAUCACCUGAAUAAAUACUCUUUAGUUUGAACUACACUGCUAUGCUUCUCAUGCAAUAGCUGAUGUACCUUCAGAAGAACAUGCUUACACAUUUACAGCACCUAACUUGGUUUAUAUGACAAGCAGUGUGGCACCAUGACAGUCAGGACACUCGGGCUGGUCUUUAAAACCUCCAUUAAUGAACGAGUGGCAUUUAAGCGGCUUUGUCUGUAUUUGUGGAAAGGUCAGAGGUCAGGAGAUGCACAGUCCUCCAUGUAGGUGUGAGCAGCGCUGAUGGCCUUGAAGGAUGCUGGUCCGUCGCCCCGUUUGUCCCUCUUAGUGCACCGUCCUGCGCAGUCUGCCUCUCUGCAGGGCCUGCACCUUCUUCUGGCGCUCGGCGACACUGCUGCCAAGGCUCUGCUUGAGAGGGGGCAGGGAGAGCCUCCCGCCCACACUGGACUGCAAUUCGGGCCUGAGAGGGAGAAGACAGGGAGCACAGCAGAAUGCCUUAUUAAUAUGCAUACAUCUGUCUGUAAUGGAACAAUUUCGAUUGUAAUGGUUUGCUUCUCAGACGGCCACAGAAAGCAACUAGUUACCAUUUUUGCACUCCCCGUAAUCCUUGCAGGCUUAAAAUGGACUAUAUUUUAUACCCCCCUGGCCAGUUUUUGCAAUAUCAUACAAAACUUACAAGCUUUUAGGUAUCUGACCCCAACUGUAUUGUGCAUUUAUUGUUGUCACUGCCUUUGUGAUAUGUGGUCAUGUGGCUGAAAUAACACUCCACCCUGUUGGCGAGUUUGUGUUAAUGUCUGUAAGAAGGAAAGGUUUUCUGCUGCAAAACUCAUGACAGACUGGAUAGAGAAUGAUUAUGUAAUGACGUUCAGAAUGUUGUAUUAGCAAAGUAACUUGGAGGUGGAGCUUUAAAAUUUUGUGGGGUGAAAAAUUUUCCCACAUGUGUACAAGUAUGUGUUUUUUUUGUAUGGCAUUUAAAGGGUUAAUACAGACAGGAAGUCUAGGAGUGGAAGUCUUGUUUUCACCUCUAAAGUUACUUUUACCAUUGAGGCACAAGAAAAGGCUAGUAAUACAGACAUCCCUUGAUUUUUGUUUGAUUAGAUUCUAUAAAAUUCUGAGAUAUAAAAGUACCUUGUAAUGAUUUUAUUAGCUUUGGGCUGCAUUGAAACUAAUUUAAAAUAAAGGUAAAGAUACUGUCUCCACAGA